GUCUCACACUCCGCAUUCUUGAUAUGGGGUGAGGCUUGCGGGGUUGGAGAGUCAGUGCCAUAUUUCCAGAUUUGUUUCCGCGUUGUCUGUGGCCAUGUCUGAAGCCAAGGGCGAAGAGAUUCAAACGGUGGAGGCCCACGCUCAACUCCAUGAGCGGGAAAUCGUCCAGGACGGUGAUGUGAUCCUUCUGGAUACUGGCGCAGCCCACCUGGAGAAAGGAUACGGGAAUCUCAAAUUGGCCAAAGAUGGACAUACUGUUCUCGUCCCGCAACCAUCCGACGACCCCAAGGAUCCGCUGAACUGGAGCUGGACUAAGAAGCACUUGAUGUUGGCAUUGGUCUCAGCAACCGCAUUUCUCGGCGACUACGGCAGUGGUGCAGGCAUCUCGUUGAUUGUCCUGCAGGGAAAGGAAUGGGGUCUCUCCCCCGCGAAAGUCAAUGAAGCCGGCAACCUCAAUGUGCUUAUGCUGGGAAUCGGCGGGCUAUUCUGGAUCGUGAUAUCUUCAUGGUGGGGAAGAGCACCUGUCAUGUUCUGGUCGACUCUUGCUGGCACCUUCUUUACUCUCGGCUGCGCGUUGACGGACAGCUUUCCAGUGUUCUAUGCGUGCCGCGCUUUGAUGGGCCUGACGCUGACGGCAUACCAAGUCGUGGGAUUGGCGUGCGUCAAGGACAUGUUCUACCAUCACGAGCAUGCAAGGAAGAUUGGCAUAUGGGCCGCGUUAUUCAUCCUUUCGCCGUACCUGGGCCCAUUUCUUUCCAACUUCAUCAUCUCCGGAUUAGGCGACUGGCGACCGGUCUUCUGGCUGGUCUUCGCCCUGUGCUGUGCGGAUAUGGUCUGUAUUGUACUUGUUUGCGACGAGACGUAUUACGACCGGAGUAUCCCAAUGGAUCAGCAGCCUCCAAGGCCUCAAACUUUUGUGGGGAGGCUUUCCCGUGUUGUUGGAACCUGGCAAAUCCAGCAUCAUAAUGGAUACUUCAAGAGCUGUUGGCACUGUUGCAAGCGGCUGUUGUCCACAUUCUUGAAACCCAUCAUGAUUCCGGCUAUGCUCUACUAUGCGAUGAGCUUCAUGUGGGCUGUAGGAAUCAACAUUACCUCCACUAUCCUCCUCGAGACGCCGAUUGAAGCCGGAGGCUACGGUUUCGGAUCCAAGGCUGUGGGCUUCCUCUAUUUCACACCCCUCGUCGCUGUCGCUCUCGGAGAGACCUUCGGCCACUUCUUCAAUGACUUCAUUGCCAACCGCUACGUGCGCAAGCACGAGGGCAUCUUCAAGCCCGAAUCUCGGCUCGUCACGAACUACAUCGCUGCAGCUUUCAUGAUCCCCGGAUUGAUCAUCGUGGGCCAGACCCUUGAGAAGCAUCUCAGCUAUGCCGGCAUCAUCAUGGGAUGGGGCAUGUAUGUCUUCGGAGUGAUGUUGGCGACUGUGGCUAUUACCGCCUAUGCUCUCGACUCUUAUGGCACUGCUUCUUCGGAGGUGGCGGGUCUCCUGAACUUUUCUCGAGUGAUCGCCGGUUUCUCCGUGGGAUACUUCCAGAUGCCCUGGGGCGUUAAGAGCGGAUUUGCGCUGUCCUUUGGCAUUCAGGCCAUCAUCGUUGCGCUUGCACUGGUAAUUGUUCUAUUACUACAGCUUUAUGGUGGCAAGAUGAGGGCAAAAGGUGGGCCCGUCAUAUAGGGGCUCAGCAAGUGCAGCGGGAAAGCCACAAUUUGGAAGAGCUGUCAUGAAUAGAGACGCAUAAAAUGCCUCAACCUCGCUACAUAGGUAGACAGUCUAGAGCAUUGCAGCGAUUUCGGC